ACAAAUGGCAGUUUUUGACUUCUCAGCAGAAUUCAAAACAAGCACACUUGACCAGAUCUGUGAUGAAGACGACAUUGAACUACAAAAGUCACAACACAGGCGAAGUUUAAUCUUGAUGGAAGAGAGUUUAAGUAUACCAUAUGAUUCAAGUCCAAUUGCUCCACAUAAGCUCAGGCAGGAGGAGGAAUUCAGCGAUGGAAAAGGGUUAGAAAGAUUGCUCCUUGAACGUUUACUCCUGCGGAAGGAGUUGAGAUUAAGGAGUAUGCAGGAGCACCUUUUAGAACAGGAGUCAAGGAUUCAGGAACUAGAGACCAGAUUAGCAGAAGUAGAAGGUGCGCCUGGAUUUUCAGCUUUUAUAUCAAUUAGUCGAAGCCUAGUUGGAAGAAAAUCUGUUUAUGAAUACUUCUGUUCUUUACCUUUCCUUCUCCUUCAGGCCCUUUGUUGUUUACUUGACCUGGUUCCUGCAAGCUUGAGCCUUGGUUUAGCUGCCCUGGUACACCGGGCAGGCAGUGUAGCAGCUCAAGGGGCGGAGAACUAUAGCAAUGAAAGGGCGGAGAGGGCGGAGCUAGAGAGGGUUGAGCAGGAGAGAGGGAAGAGGGAAAAAAUAGUUAGAAGAAGAAGAUGAUGAAGAAAGAAAAUAUUUUAUUUUGAAUUUGAAACCCAUAGAUUAGUAACAACUCAAUAACAAAUGUCGUCAUUUUAAGAUUAAAGGGGUUUUCGUUCACAUUAACCGUGAGGCAGAGGCCCAAAGGGGUUACGCGCAUGCUCUCUCUCUUUCUUGUAAUUCAACGCAGCAUGCACGUGACUCCUUAUGGCUUUUUUGAACGAAAAACACUAAAUUUUGAAAAGACGACAUCUAGUGUUCUAUCUGUGUUGUUAUCUAUCUAUGUUGAAACCUGUGAAUUUUUUUA